GUGGGGAGAGGCGCCGCCCCUAGAGCGAAUCACCCAAAACAAAUAACAAUCCAAACUUGCUUCAUUGUCGAAUAACAUCGUCGCACAUCUAGGAACCUCGAAUAGAUGUUCAACUUCAUGCCCUCGGCAUAGGUGAUGUAGAGCCUCCGACAUCAGGAUGAGAUCUUGUCACCUUUAAUCGUCGUUUACUCGAAAUGUCCCUCGUUCCUUACUCCUCGCGCGAGCGUGGAUCAGAGGUCGUGCUGCGGCAUAACGAUGCUCUUGUUCUUCGAGAUCCUCAAACACAACAGCUCAUUCUCCGUGGUGCAACCCCCUCCUACGCAGACUGUCCAACAUGCCAUCGACCACUUCGACCCCCGUCUCCCGAUCGACAGAGCUCUCCCCACCGAUCCGCAGCUUUCAUUAGCCCCGAAUACUUUCGUAUGCUGCAGUCUGCCUAUGGCAGCGCAGAAGAUCAAAGUCCCCCUUCAAGUCCAAUUCGGAGACUCGUUCAGCCGGCGUUCCCAAUUUCUCCACCUCGAGACAGACAUACGGGGGAAUCGGUGGCGGAUGCGGAGUUUGUGACGAGUACACCGGCGCCGCAGACGGGACACAGUAUCAAGAAGGAAGCUUUCAGUCCGAAUUACUUUAAGAGAUUCUUUAUUGAGGAAAAGGAGCUUGGUAGAGGUGGAAAGGGAGUAGUUCUGUUGGUCAGGCAUGAGCUGGACAGUGUUUCUCUGGGACAAUUUGCUUGCAAGAGAGUGCCUGUUGGAGAUGAUCAUGCAUGGUUGGAGAAGGCUGACGAAACAGUCCUCAUUGAGGUCCAGCUUCUGCAGGGACUUUCACAUCCAAAUCUGGUCUCAUACCGCCAUGUCUGGCUCGAGGACGUGCAGCUCAGUCGAUUCGGUCCCACGGUACCAUGCGCAUAUAUCCUUCAGCAGUACUGCAAUUCGGGAGACCUUUUACAUUACAUAAUUGGACCACAACCUACGGUAAAGAGUGUAAAAGAGCAGUUGAAGGAACAAAUGCGAAGAAGAUCAAGAGGGCAAGCCGACCGACCAGAUGUCAGAUCCUCGCAACGAAAAUUAGCCUUCGAAGAGAUAUAUUCCUUCUUCAAAGACAUCACAUCUGGACUGGCACAUCUUCAUAACAACGAAUACAUACACCGAGAUCUUAAGCCGAGCAAUUGUCUGUUGCACAAAGACGGAAACGAAUUUCGCUGCUUGAUCAGUGAUUUCGGAGAAGUUCAAGCAGAGAAUGUGGUUCGGAAGUCAACAGGAUCUACAGGAACAAUAUCAUAUUGUGCUCCUGAGGUUUUGAAGCAAGACGAGUUUGGCCGGUAUGGAAAUUUUACGACCAAAUCGGACAUUUUCAGUCUGGGAAUGAUUCUGUACUUUAUGUGCUUUGGCAGACUCCCUUAUCAAAGCGCAGACAGUAUUCAAGAAGAAUUCGAGGAUAUUGAUCUACUAAGAGCAGAAAUUAGCUCUUGGUCGGGUUUCCAGGACGAGCGAAGAGAGAGACCAGAAUUACCGAAUCAACUCUACGAUUUCCUGAAGCGACUCUUGGCCCUGGAUCCAGCAGAGAGACCAAGUGCUGAUGAAAUCCUUACUGCGAUCCGUACCGAGAAGGGCCUCGAAGCACCCUCUAGGACGAGACAUGCAAGCAAUGCAGGACUUGGUGGCCGAAUCAUACAAUCAUUUGAUUCUCCCGUGCCACCAAGUACUCCUGUCAACGGUAACAUAUGGCCGCGUAGUUCCUUUCCAUUGCUAAUCAAUGCAGAACCCAACAAACGACGAGUGCGCUCAGGAGCUUAUAUCGAGGAUGCUUCCGCGACCGAAUCCUCACCAACGCCUUCUCCGAGCUCGCAAUUGGUAAUCGAAUCAUCACAUUCGAGAUCCCGCAGCCAACCUUCUCAUAAUCGACACAAUGAGUCAUUGUCCCUGAAACCAUCCAUCACAACCCCGCUCCUGAUGCCUCCUCCUUCGACACCCAUGUCGACGUUCAAGCAUCGCAUCUCGCUGUACAAACACUACCUCGACACUUGGCUCUCCCGGAAUCAACAAUCCGUAACCAUGAUCUCCAAACUGGUCAUCUUCCUGAUCAAAAUGCUGAGUAUCACGAAGCCGUGCGCGCCGUUAGUGACGAGGGAAGCGAUCUGGUGGCCUUUGAUGGCGUUGGCGGCCUUUGAGCUGGCGGGUGGCAAUAAAUUUGGAUGGAGGGGCGUGGUGGGGUUGGCGGUUGUGCAUUUUGCGGUGCUGGGAGUGGUGCUGAGGGUUGGUGGGGGGUUGUGUGUUAGGGAGAGGGGGUUUGGUGAGCAUUGGGGAUGGGAGUGAGGGCCUUUCUUUCUUUUCUUUCUUCUUGUUGCUAGGGCAUGGUAUUGCAUUGGGCGGUGGGGAUUUCACGGUAUGGGUUGCAUGGGGAGGGAAGGCACUUUGAUUUGAUUUGCUCUGGUUCGGCGGCGUUCGGUUUCCCCCCUUUUUCGUGUAAAUUACAUACCCGGUGCGUGGCAGCAUUGGGGUGGGGGACUUUCAAAAAAGCUUCAAGGCUUCACGAUGAUGAUGAGGAAUGGAAAGUUGAUGAGAGAAUGAAAUAAAGCCGCAUUCCAUUGUCUGUGUCUGUCACUCCCGAACCCGUGUCC